CAACAGAUAAAGCAGCUAUUUUCGCAGCUCCUAUUCACAGGCGCUAUUUUGUACAAAACACAUACUGACUGCGAUUUUAUGAUACAAUUCCAAACGAAAUGUCCGUAAUGUAGAACAAUAUUGAUUUUUUUAUAUAAAAAAUAUAUGCUUAAAUCAAUCUUUUGUUCUACAUUUCGAACAUUUCAUUCGGAAUUGUAUCAUAAAAUCGGUGUCAGUAUGCAAUAUGCAGUGCACAGGGUCAGUCUAUUCACUGCAACAAGACUAGUGACCUACGCAAAUAUAUUAAUUGAUCUUUGUUCGAGAAAUCGCUGAUGUAUUUGUAUUGCGCAUUUUAAUUCUGUGCAGUGAUCAUUUCAAUAAAGUUACUGUAGUUUCUUCUGAAUCGUGUUCGAGAAUACAUGAAGGGAGAUUUGGAUUUUCAGUUUAAUUUCUUGUGGAUAUUCUUGUGCAAAAGUUUUCAAAAUAUUUCCACAAUAAAUCCAAUCAUUGUGAUGUUUUGUUUCACAACUGUAUUUUUCGCCAUUCUAGUUAGUGUUUCUUCGGCACCUCAAGCAACAUCUCAGAUAAAAUCAGUCACAAAUGCGAUGAGUUUGCACAAAAUCGAAGAACUUAUCAAGAACGGGUCAAAUGUCAAUUCCAAAGAUGAUAACGGUGACUUUCCAAUUCAUGUUGCAAGUGCAUUGGGUGAACAACCGGUUGUUGAUGCACUUAUUAAGAAUGGAGCCGAUGUCAAUGUAUUAGACAAGGAUGGAAGAACACCGUUACAUAGAGCGGUUUCGGAAGGUCAUGUUGAAGUGGUUGAAUUGUUAAUUGAGAACAAUGUUAAUAUUAGCAUACGCGCAGCGAAUGGAGAGAGUGCAACGGAUAUUGCUCUUAAAAGACUAAAUGAAACCGAAACCAGCAGCUCAAAUUACUCAAGCGUUCAAAAUUUAUACAAUGAGCUUCACAGAGCUAGAACAUCGUGGAAAACCUGCAAAGCCUAUACUUUUGAGCGAAGUAAUCGAAUUUUAAACGGUGAACCUGCUGAAGAAAGAGAGUUUCCGUGGAUGGCUGCUCUCGGUUACCUUUCCACCAACUAUAGAGUGACUUUUGACUGUGGCGGUACGGUCAUAUCGGAAAACUUCAUCCUGACAGCCGCGCAUUGUGCAAGAACACAACGGCCUCCGAUUGUUUGCCGUUUGGGUAAAUUAAAACUGGUUGAUACCGAUGAUGAUAAUGACAUACAUAGACCCACCAAUGUCGCGAUUAAGCAAAUCAUUCGGCAUCCAUUUUAUUCGCAUUUCACCAGAAAGAAUGACAUAGCUCUUAUAAGAGUGUCACCCAUUCAAUUUUCCAAUAAUAUUUCGCCGGCAUGUCUUCAUACCGAUCUUCGUGAUGAGCAUCCUGAUGUAAAACUAGUCGUGACAGGAUGGGGCAGUACCACAUCAGAUGGCGCGGAAUCUCAUAGGUCAAACGAUUUACUAAAAGCACAGUUGAUAACUGUGCCUUUGUCGCAGUGUAAUGAAAAGUUCAAGGAGUAUCAAAGUCUUGCGAAUGAUCCGACUCUUAAAAAUAUUGGUCAGAGUCAGUAUUGUGCAUAUGAUCCACAAGGUCGAAACGAUAGCUGCCAAGGGGACAGCGGUGGACCACUGCAGCUUAAAAGUCCGUACGAAGCUUCGCCAACGAUCGUUGGUGUUGUUUCCGUUGGACUUGGAUGUGGCGCAUUUCCGGGAAUUUACACUCGAAUCGCAUAUUAUCUUGACUGGAUUGAACCGAUCGUUUGGCCAUUAGGUUUCAUCCCCAAAGUAACAAACAAGUGAUAUUUACUCGAUUAACGAACCAUUUAUGUCAACAUCUUCAGGGACAUUUAUACAGAAAAAUAGCUUAUGUGCCGUUAGAUGAAAUAUAAUCUUUCCGCCAGCCUUUUCUCUGUGCUUACGAUGGUCAUUGCAAUGGACACCGAUGGUCAUUCAAUAUACUUUGAGAAAUUCGUUCCAUAAAAGGUGAAAUUUGGAUGCAGCGCGGAAACUGUUACUUAGGUAUUUUACCUGCCUUCUCAUUCUAAAGACAAACUCCAACAGAGUUUGUCAAAAUUCAACAGAUUUUCUUCGAUUCGAAAGCUUUAAAGUUCAAAAGUUUGAUAGUAGAAAAUCUGUUGACCUUUCCUGCUAAUCAAUAGCCUUUAAGAUAGGAAAAGAGCAUUUAAUAUUGAAUUUAUUUACAUUAUUGUUAAAAAUUUUGCUAUGUAGAUUUAAUUUUCUUAAAAUGACUUAUAUAUUUAUAUUAAUUGAUUUAGACAUAAAAACGAAAGUGAUGUAUGCAAUAUUCGUUGGCCAAAAAAAGUUGUACGAUUGAAUCUAAAUAAUAAGCAACUCUGGUAUAAAUGGAUGGCAGAUUUGAUGUAUAGACACUACAAGACAAUUCCAAUAAUUGUUUUAGUGUCUGUUUAAAUCGGGUGGAAAUAUUGUAGGGGUCCUUCGCUGUCUCCUUGGCAACUAUCUAAUCGUUUCUUCCUUGUGGAUCAUAUGCACAAUACUGCCCUCCAUUUAUACCAUUUCUAUGAGUCAAAUCAUUCGAUGGACGGAACAAAUCUAUGAGCGUAGAUUUACAUUCCAUGGCAUCGAUACCGACUCCAUUUUGAGUAAGCUACGCGAGACCUUAAAAUUAGAAGAGAAUUGGUUAAAUUUAGCUUCUUCAUGUCUUCAAUUAAAAGAUAGCAACUUACGGUUAGGUGAUGUAGAUCCACAGUCGGUAACAGUAGGAUUUACCUGUGAUGGUUUGUCACGUAAAUCUGUUUGCAAACAUGCUGGUCUAAUAUAUUCUGAAUAUAUGAUUGCAUUUUUGACUCGAAUCAAAGUAUCAUUCACUUUGGUUAGUCUCGAAUGUUAAGGAUAAGGAUCUGCUAUGUUCAAAAUAAUUCAAUUAAUUAUGUCACUUUUUAUACGAUAUAUAUAAAUAAAUGUUUAAUGAUUACCUUUAUA